CGCGCCUUGCACCGUCCCACUCUCAGUAAUGGCUGACAGUGUUGAGGCCAAGAUACGGCAAGUGUGAAAAGCUAUAUUUCCAGUGAAUCCCAUACAGGGAUCGACUAUUUUCACAAACACGGUCCAUUGUCAAGAUGAGUGAUGAUAGUGGACGCAGAUUGUACAAAGUACGUGGAGGUGGGCUGGGAACAAGUCAUUCCACCUCGGUGAACCUCGUACAUACUUCCACUCAGUCUAACCUUGUGCAUGUUGCCCCUGUGGGGAUCUGCUCUCAGCCAGGUGUUACUCUUAUGCACUCAGCAGUACUAUCAGCAGAGCCACUCAUUCACACACAAGCAGAGUCCGAAGCACAGUCUCAAGUUCAUACACAGUCACAAGUGCAAAUGCAGUCUCAAACACACAUACAGUCUCAGCCUCAGUCCCUAUUACAGACACAGUCACAAGUGCUUCCACACACUCGAGGGGAUACUCAGACAGUCACACAGCCACAAACCCAGACAAACACCCUAAUGCAAGUGACACCUCGAACACUUGCUCAAUCUCUAGUGUAUUCUCACUCCCAAGUGCUCACACAGUCACAAAUACACACCCAGUCACAGGUGCACACACAAUCACAGAUGCACACACAUUCUCAAGUGAAUAUGCCAUCACAGGUACAUAUACAACCUCAGAUACAUGCACAGUCACAAAUUCAAGUACAAUCUCUUGCUCACACACCUCAAAUUCAGGUGCAGUCACAGCUAACGCAAAUGCCCCUGCAGAGUCAAUUACCAACAUACACACAGUCUUCCGUGCUCAACACCAUGGCAGACUUGGUGGAUGCUACACAGGAGAAAAUGAUAACGGUGAAAGAAUUCAUGGAUUGUGUGCAGCAACAGAUGACAAGCCCCUUGUCGGAACAAGCAGUAGAUAACUCGAGUGGUAUGGAGGUAGUACAAGUUCCUGUAACAAGACACCAGCAUCACAAUUCACCCUCAAUGACUCUACAAGAUUUGCAUUCUUCAACUGGCAGUAUAAAUGAGGCACUUUCUAACAACUCUCAGGUGCAAGUUAUGCAUUCUCUUACAUCAUUUCCUCAAACGGAACAGCUUAGCACAACGAUUGGCUUGCAGCAAGGUAAUGCAUCCCUCUCGCAAACAUUGCCGCAGUCUCUUACACAAACCCAAAUUCUGGAUGCUUUCACAGUGGAGAGAGUUUUAAUGCCCUCAAGAAAUAGCCUUGGACAAACUACAGUUCCACUAUCUUCAGUUGGAACUGUUGAAAUUGAUGGAAUGUCUGUGAUGCGCCUACAAGAGGGUUUGAAUGCACGUCCAGAAGACCAAUCGUCGUUGGUUAUGUCUACAAAGGAACUAACGAAUCCUAGCUCUUCGGUAACCACACAACUGGCCAGCUCACAUAUAACUACGUCACAUCUUGGUGCAUCACCUCUUGAAGCGUCGCUUCUCAAUAAUCUUCAUAUCACAACCCAAGAAAAUGUAUCUAGUUCGCUUUCUAAAAAACCCACAACUACUGUUUCUGCAGUGAUAGCUUCUAACCGUAUGCUGAAUAAACUUUUAGACACUGCCAAACCACAUAUUCCGUCCCAAGUAACUAAGGCAGCAGAGAUAGCUCAUUUGGUUCCAAAUCCAACUGUACGAAUGUCCACUGCUCCACGUUUAGGAGAUAUGGAUGAUGGUACAGAAAUGAUCUUUGCCACAACGAGCAGAGGUUCCAGUCCUCUCACAACCUCGACUCGUAGUAAUGCAGCAAGUAUGUGUACGGUCACUGGCUCUCUACGUGGUUCAAAUGGAUAUGGUGACUCGAUAGGGAAAACUUCUACCCCUUUACAGUUAGAUGGAAUUUUGGGUUUACCUGCAAAUUUCCAGCUGAACAAUACUACACUACUACUUCCAAGCUCUGUAUCACAUGGUCAGAUAAUUCCACAGAGGCAGUUUGAUACAAUACAACAAGUGCUUCUGGGUUCACAGAGUACAGCAAACUUGGUAGAGCAACAGCUAGAUGCUUUGAGUACUGACUCUCUCAGAGUUUUGUCUACUGCUCAUAUGUCUCCAAUAACAACUUGUAAUGUUUCAGGCAGUAACUCUCUCGUUGGUUCAUCUUUAGUAGAUAAAAAUAUGAAGAAAAUGGGGUCCUCCUUAAUUAAUCACAGUGUCAAUAAUACAAGGUCAUUCAAUAUUUUAGGUACACACGAGGGAAUGAGCAAAAGUGGAGUGUCUAUGGAGUCCCUUAAUCGAUCUCAGGGUAACCCAAACACAAAGACAGGUUUAAUCACUUCUGCUGACCCCAUGUUUCCCUCGGUUGUGAUUACUUCUAACUGUUCUUCUCCUACUGCACUUGGCUCGGUGAUAUCAUCUAGAACUGCAUCCACACCUCAAGAAGGAUUAAACAGACUAAGAUGUUCAACUGAUACUAGAAUUUCACAUCAGACAUUAAUUGACCUUCUAAGUCGUGGAUCAAAUUCUGAUACUGUGGUAGGUGGGAAUGGGAUGCCACUUGUUGGUUUGUCAGAAAGUCGAUUACCCCACACUGGUGAUGUACUCCUUUCAGAACUGCACCGUAGUGAUGAAAGUGAUUUAAGUCUUAGUGCUUCCCUCACAGGCACAACUGGUGAAGAGCUUCACAGUAACUCUAGUGGUCUGGUUACUGAAACCUCUUUAGAGGCAGGUAUAGGAGGGGAUACUGCACCACUUCAAGGGUUACCAUCACCUCCACUGUCUAGUUUUAGUUUACCAAAUAUUACUGGGGACUUUAUGGUUGGAGUAGCUGGCAGUAAAUCUUGUCCAUCUGGGCAGGGUCCACUUCCAGCAUUACUCUCUAAUUUGGCCACAACAGCUGACCUAGAUCAGUUUUUGGAGAGCUCUAACAUGUGCAUAGACAUGAGUAGUCUUUCAGAAUCGGAAGUUUCUCUCAGUACUGGAUCUGGAGCAUUUGCGUACUCUCCUGAAAAGCCUGGUAACUCGAAGAGAUUAGUGUCAAGCACAUCAUCAGAUCUUACUUUUACGAAUGCUCUCAAAGCUGCUACUACUAAAUCUGAUAGUGAACAAAUGAAGUUAUCCUUGGAGUCCGAGUCCUCCAGCAGGAUUCUUAAUCAAGACCAGAAAGCAGUAGCAGAGACAACCAAGGCCUUAGAGGUUGAUGUUUCUAGAUUAAAUUCUGUAGCAUCUGCAUCUCAGAGUUCUCCAGCUCUCCCAAGUCAUCCUUCUCCUGUUGCCCAAGAGACACCUGUUAAUAGUUCAAAGAAAGGUAAUUUGCCAGCACAAAACAAGGCGCCACAAGGUCAGAGUGAGAAGAGAAAAGAAAUGUUUAGAAAAAAUGAAUUGUUGGUGCAGCAAGUGGCAUGCUUUAAAUGCCAGCUGUGUUCAUUUUUAAGUCAAGACAAAAGCGAGAUAGUAAAUCAUAUGAAAGAACGUCAUUGCCAGUAUUUGUCUGAUACAGAUGAAUCUGACGAGGAUGCUGAAAACCCACCAUCAAAAAAGUUGAAAGUUUCUGACCCUAGGGAUGAUAAAAAUCAGCUUGAGGAAGCUGCUGAAAAUCAAGAACCCGAUUCAUCUACCAAAACAAAAGAAGGAUGUCAGAAACGUAAGGUUGAUCCUGAAUACAAAAUGGAAAUAUAUACACCCGAGCCAGGGAAAUUUAUAAAUCGAAUAGUUAAAGUAGAGGAAGAGCAUUCUCCUGGUAGGAUAGGUAUAUUUAUCAAAACUGAACCCAGUGAUGUUGGGGAGUUUGAGAGGAGAGUAAUAGAUAAAGAAGAGGAAGAGGAAGAUUUGGGCUUAACUAUUGAACUUGGAGAAGCUAAUGAGCCAGAAAGUGAUCAUGACUAUGAUGAUGAAGACACUAAUGAUAGUAGUGUAAAUGAUGAUAGUGGUAGCAUAAGACCAAGUAAUAAAAAACCAGGCCGUCCAUUAUUCUCAAAGACCACUGGAAUUACAAAAUUUAAGAAAAAGAAUCCCAAGGUGAUGCUUCCUGAUGAGGUACUUGGAAUCAGGUGUGAUGUUAAUGGUUGUGGUUUGAGAAUGAAGAGUGAAACCAAUAUUGCGUAUCAUAGAAAGUGCCAUGUUAAUGCCCUGCUGCAGUGCCAAGAGUGUUUGUUGACCAAGUUUCAAAGCUGGCGUGAACUGGCACUUCAUCUUUGGAAACAGCACCUCAUUGACAUGGAGCUUCACAAAUGUGACAAAUGUGAUUACAAGUCUUAUAGUUACAGCAAAUUGAUGAAUAUUCAUCAUAAGAUCCACAGCGAUGAGCGACCCUCUCUUUGUGACACAUGUGGAAAGCGUUUUAAAACUUCUAAACAAUUACGCAACCAUAAGGCCUUACACUUAAAAAGGUCAGAAGCCCCACAGCAUCAGUGUGAAAUUUGUCAGAGGCCAUUCUCAGACAAGCGUAUGCUGCAUAACCACCAAGAAUCGGUACAUAAGAAAGUGAAGCCUUUUCUGUGCAAUUACUGUGGCUACUCGACUGCUUCCAGAUCCACACUCAAGAUGCAUAUGAGGCAACAUACAGGUGAGAAGCCAUUUGCAUGUGAAAAAUGCAAGUACCGCACUUCUGAUCAUAAUUCUCUGCGACGGCACAAGAUGCAGCACACUGGAGUGAGACCUUAUCGAUGUCCGUACUGCGACUAUGCAUCAAUACAGUCUACUACUUUUAAGGUUCAUCUUAAGGAUAAACAUCCUGGCUUAGCCCAGCUAGAUGGCAUAAUGUUUACUUGUGGGGUGUGCUCCUUCAAGACAGUUAAGCGAGACAAUUACCUGGCCCAUGUUGCUGAGCACAGCAGAGGUGAGAGCAGGAAGCAGCGGCAGUGUAUGUCUUUGAUGUCAUCUGCUAAAAUUGGCAAAACUGAAGAACCUCAGGCCAUCUUAAGUGACAUGACGCCACCAGCUCCUCAUGUGGUCAACAUUGACGUAGACAGUGGGGCUGUUACAGUGGAAAGCCCACACGAUGCAGAUUUUCUUAAUACUGUGCACGUGCAGGGUCCCGUCACGGGUCAAGUGAUAAUGGCUGGUGAUCAGUAUAUCUAUGCUGCUGUUGACUCUUCUAUGUUGUCGCAGGUGAGAUCAGGUGAAGCUAUGGUUCACCUGACCCAAGACAUGGUCGGUGUGCCCAUUUCAAUACCUCUCGAGUCUUCGGUGGCUUCAUCGCUUCAGGGAUUAGUUUAUGUUGCCACCACUAGUCAGAUGGUCCUUCAAGAGCCUUUGACACGUGAACACUUUGACACAUGAAGGCAUAUGACAUGUGUGUGAGGACUGUGCAUGCAGCCACCCCUCCCUCCAGGAUGGCAAGCUCCCUCAGGGAACAAAGCACCAAGUGGCACAACAUUUCAGUGCUGAUUAAUUGUCAUCUUUGUUUUACAGGGGGGACAGUGAUUUGUGUAAUAGCCUGAAAAGCUAUUUCCUUCUGAAUGGCCGGCUGGAUGAUGAUAAUAGCACAGUGAACUCCGUUUCUACCACAGUAAUGGAUGGUAAGAGGAACACUCUGUGGCCAAAUAUUGGUAGCUCUUCAGUAGAAAAUAAUUUAUUUAGAAUGGGGCGUAUAAUUAUGGUACUGUACUUUGCUGUGUUGUACAUAACAUUCUAUACUUUAGUUAUGUACAGGCAUACCAUACAAGUUGUCCAAUUUGAAAUGUUUACAAAUUAUUUAAAUUUUAUUUAAAUUUUUUUUUAUGUAUAUCUGUACCAGAAACAUUGUGCGCACACUGGGUCAUUGUGCAUAGAUCACAGCCAUUGUAUAAAUAUGAUGUUCGUUAUCCCAUACAAACAUAAUGGUCAUUAUGUGGGUAUCGUGGUCAUUAUAUAGGCACCGUAGUUAUUAUACAAGUACCAUGGUCAUUAUAUAAACAUGGUAUGUAAACACUUUCACUGAUCACUGUAUAAACACUGUAGUGUUUACACACAGACAUUAUCGUCAUCAUACAGAUGCCAUGGUCAUUGUAUAAAUACCAUGGCCAUUACACAAAACACUGUGGUCAUCAUAUAUACACCUGUAUAAUCAACAUAAGUGUUGCACAGAGAUCAUGUAUGGUGUACAAACAUUGUUACAUAUUACACAGUCAUCAUAACUGUUGUAUAAAUGUUAUUGUUAAUGUACAAACUGCAUAUGUAUUAUGCAUGUACCAUGAGUGAUGUUAUUAACAUUGGUCUUUGUACAAGUUCGAUGGUCAUUGCACAAUGUAAAGAUUGUGGUCAUUGUUGCAUCAUUGUCAAUAUGCUAAGGACAUUGUAUAAGCAUGAUGGUCAUUGUGCACUAUUGGCACAUGCAUCAUGGGUGAUACUAAUAUAUCCAUUGUAGCAACCUCAUGGUCAUUGUAGAUACACUGAGGAUUAUUAUACCGUGUCAUUAUCCUACAAAUACCAUGGCCAGUGCACAGACACCAUGAUCAUUGUACAAAUACCAUGGGUUGCUGCCAAGCUCGUCAUUCCAUCACCUGCAUAACUGACAAACACAUAAUCCCGCACAUCCGCAUACAUUCCAUGUAUUAGUUGAACACCUUUACUUUGUGUCUUUUUCUCUCAACCGACUUGUCGUGUUGGUCUUUCCUUACUCACGUGUCUGAGCAUAAGUUUACUGCAGAAAGUCCCAGUUUCACCUGCAGCUAUCCUGUCUUCAAGUCUAUCGACUGAUAACAUUAUGCAACAAUGUGUGUGUGUGUUUCUUUUGGCCCCUGAAUAGUGUUUUGUUCUUAUUUGUUUAUACCUGGAAAGUGAAGAAAAUGGCUAUUAUUCCCCCCCCCCCUCUCUCAAACUUUGUCUUACACAGCUUAGGUUAGACAUCUUGAAGGUAUAGUACCUGAAGACUGCUGACUCAGUAUCUAGAGCUGUUACAAUGUGUCACUGCUCUAGAUAAGUAACGCACAAGGUGUCUUCCCUAACCUGUCUAAGACAAAGGUCAAAGCAAAGUUGGAGGGGAAUAAUAAUAAUUUUCUAUAUUUUGGAGGCAUAAGCAAUUAGAAAAUAAUCCUUACUACCCAAUGGCAAGAGUUGUUAGUGUAAUUAAUGUUGUGAACAUUUGCCAAACAAGUCUAGAUAUUGGCUUGGCUAAUAAUACCUUGAUUGUUCUAUUAAAGGUAAAAAGAUGCACUAGAGUGAUUUAGUUUAAUUACAUAAUUUUUUUUUUAACUUAAACAGAGAAUCAAUUGCUGUACAUUCAUAAGUUAUUUAUUUUAAAUGUACUGUACAAAACAUUUGUUUACUUUAAGCAUUUUCAAUUGUUUAUUUUUAUAUGAAGGUUUAUUGAAAGUUAAAUAUAAUUUCUCUCUCUUUCAUUGUGUAAAUAAAUAGGUGUACUAAUCAUUCUGUUUAAAUAAUAUGCCGUGUUUGUACUGUACGUGUCACAAGAGUAUAUAGUGUCACUGUUAGAAUUAUUCUUUAGGUAAUAUGGAACAUACAACAAUUGUGUAGUUACAAAACUGAGGUAUUGUACUGUAUUUGUAAAUGUGCAUUUGCAUUCAACAUCUUUGUUGUGAUAAACUAAUAUUUCCCUCUAAAAAUAAUGAAAAAUAACAAAAUCAAUCUAUAAUUACACAUCUUACAUGGGCCAAGUCAGUUCAAGUGGUCGCUAGUGUAUACACAGAUAUGGUGUAGAAGAGAGUGGCACAACAGUACAGUAGAUAUGGUGGUAAUAAUGCCUGGAAAGUUUUUGUGGAGUGUUGUGAGUUUAGAAUUUUGGGAAUGGUUGGUGGCAGCUAUUAAUUUUCAUGUGAAUUAGGAAGUGCUAUAUAUUAAUGUUAAAAUAUAAAUAUUUAUUAACAUGUGAUAUAUUUAUAAAUGUAUAAAUCAGAGUGUAUUGAUGUAAUAGCCUUAACUUUUCAUAUUUUAUGUGCAUAAACUUUCUUACAUUUAUAUAAAAUUAGUAAAUGUGUUAAUUGUUAAAGAUAAUAGUAUUGAUUACUUGUAUGUAAUACAGUGCAGUACUGUGUUUGUUAAUAUUUUCUUUUCUAAUCCAGAACUCCAUAUCACACAAGUAUCAGGAUAACGGUAAAUGUCUUCCUCUUCAGACGUACAGUAUUGUGAUGUGUAAAAGGCUGUGGGGUGUUAUUCCCUGUCAGAAUCAUGUCAUAGAGCUCACUGGCGAAACUGUACUGUAGUAAAUACUAAUACGAACUUGGUAUGAGCAUGGCGCUCAAUGUUAUUUGUGUUGGAGUAGAUAUCUUUGUAUGAUUUAUCACUAUUGUAAAUGGCUGAAGUGCCUUACACAUGCUGGUUUUAUGAAAGUAUCACUAGUUGUAUGUGAAGUGCUGUUGGCAGUGGCAUUAUGUUGCAAGAGGGCAUGUAGCGUCAGGCCUGCUCAACGAACAUACUGGCCUUGUUUUUUAUAGUGUGCCAGAUCUACAUUUGCCUGACCUCACUUGCAGCUAGUAAUGUUGCAUUGGUACUAUCAUCAGAUUAUUUUUGGCCCGAGACUCGUUGACUGAGGUGCAUCUCAAAAUGUGGCUGUGAUUAGGAACUGUAGAACGUGACAAGAAAUUAUUAAUACAACUCAAAACAAAACGAGAGUUGUGCUAUGGUAAGUUGUUGACAAUUCAAAACUGCUCCGAAGUUAGUAUACAUUGUGUACUGGCCACAAAGUGCAACAGUUAGGGGUGUGUGUGCUUCUUUAUCUGAAGUUUCACAUCUUACCUCAUUAUAUCAUAUUGUGUGAAAAUAGAAGGUUCAUAAAUAAUUUCACAUUAAUAUAAAGUAUAAUCUACCAAAAAUCAAAAAAUAGCUCGGAAAUAUUUGUGUAGCCAAUUUGUAUUUUGUCAUGAACAAUAAGCAAUAAUUUGAUAUAUAAGAAUAUUAAUAAUAUUAAUCUGUUGAAGUUUCAUGCUAACUGUAAUGCAGUGUUACCUCUUGAUACUUUUAGUGUUCAUAUAAUAGCAAUAGAAAGUCUUGAAAGAUCUAAAACAAAUAUUUUCAUCCACAUUUGUGAUGAUAUAGCUACCUUACGUAUUUUAUCCAUUGAUGACGGUCAUAUCAUGCUGUAUUUGACCUGUUUGUUAACAACAUUUUUUUGUAUAAUUAUUGUUUAUGGAGUAAUCAUAUUGGCUGUGGUUUGGUUGUACAUUGUUUAUAGUAAUACAUAUCUUAAUAACCAUCAAAUACCAUAGAAUAACUUUAUUUCAAUUCAUAGUUCACAGACUUUGAGAACUUUUACUUUGUCUUUAUUGCUUAUUCAAUACUCACCAUAACUAUAGUUCAUGAACUGCCUUACUGAUGCUUUUACUAUGAAUUAAUAAUAGUAGGGUGUAAAUGUUUUCAUAUUAAUUUAUACCAUGCUAUUUUAACUGAUGCAUCUUGCCUUCAAAGAGCCCACAGGACAGACCAAUUGAGAGAAAGCAUUCGGCACAUGGCCGACCCACUCACAAAAGCCAGUCAGCUCUCGGCUAUUGAUGCAUGGACAUUUUUCACUUGUUGCUCCAGUUUUGUUUCCUUGAAUUAUGCACAAGUGUAUGUAUCCCUGUAGUUUGUAGGCUUAUCUAAAUCUGCUUAAUACCACAGUGAUGAUUAGGCCUGAUGAAACACAAGUCAUGAGAAAAUUCCAAAAAGGUCAUGAAGAUAGAAGGAUUAUAUUGUGCUCACCUAGUUGUGCUUGGGAAGGUGAUGGGGGGAGGUUGAACUGUGGCUCAAGAAAUACUGUAUAGCCAAGCUAGGGAAUAGGUACUAAAAGGUGGUAAAUCUAGCCUGAGUGUGUGUGUGAAGAACCCUAGUGUGAGGAAAAUGUUCAAGUCCUGAUAAUUGGGUACUGUAUUUCCAGUAAUCUAUUUUUUUCUUUGGCUUGCAUCUUAUCUUGAGAAUGUCUUUUGAAUUGACUUGAAACCACAAUUAUUAAUAUUAUAAAUUUUAUGAUUAUGCAAGUAAAUAUCUAUUGAAGUUGGGUAGUGUAUCUCCUUUUGUAUUUAAAAUGCAUUUGUAGAAACAAACUUUGUAAUUAGGCACUGUAGCUGCUAGUGCUUAUUUUUAGAACCAAUGGGAAUUUACAGCAAGGGGUGCAUGUUUACAGCGAUGGGGUAAAGAAUAAAAGAUGUGAUUUUAUUCUUUUGUGUGAUAUUAGAGUGCAGGAAGGGUACGGCCUGACCACAUUCAGUUUACAAAUUUUGUGGCUAGACGUACAAAACUCUUUCAACGAAAGAGAUGUGGGGGUAACCCUGGAUAGUAAGCUGUUGCCAGAGGACCACAUAAAAAGACAUACUCUGACAUUUGGCAAAAACAUGGAUGCAGAAAUACUUUAAAUACCAUUCAUGACCCAAGCUUGAAUGUGCACAGUAAUAUGGUGUCCAUAUCUCAAAAACAGAUAAAAUAGAAAAGUUGCAGAGACAUACCUUGUGAUGUUUUCAGGGCUCAAAGUCCCUGCGGCCUGGUCCUUGGCCAGGCUUGGCAAAUUACUCAAAUCAGUUAAAGACUAUGAGGAAAGGUUGUAGGUGCUAAAUGUGCCAAAAUUCGUAGACAGCAGAAGUAGAUUUGAUCACUGUAAAAACAAUUAUAAGAGCUAUCGAUGCUUUAGAUAAAAAGGGAAUUUUAGAAAUUUGUAACGUAGGGCAAAUAGGACAGGCAUCAAGUACAAAUUUUGGACACAAAAACACUGAAAUGCUAGAGAGUUUAUAAAAUCGUAGACAGACUGAAUAAACUACUGUAUAUGAGAGGCUGCUUUCUGUGUGCAUCAUUGGAAGUUUCCAAACUAUGACUGAACCAUAAAGCAAAUAGAGCACUGUUCCUCCUUCCUCCUCCAAACCUGCAAGAAUUCAACUUUGACUGCAAAAGUUACAUUAUUUAAUGUACAUAAAAUUUAGAAAUAUAUUGUUUGGGUCUAAAGGUCACGGUCUUGGAUAACCUGGGUUUGCUUCAUUCAGAAUGCAAUCAGUCACCAUUCGAGAGGUAACUAUUGUGAAUAAUAAAUUUAAAACAAUCGAAUGUGAUCUACCCAUUGUUUUUCUUGGGUCGCUGAAGUGGGAAAUAGGAAAAGUCUCUGGCUAGGUAAUGUAUUGACUAUAUGUAAAUAACUCUUGAGAAAGCAUAGAAUUUCAGGAUAAACAAAUCUUGCUUUACCUAUAUUCAUUCAAAUCACAUCCCUAAGUAAAUCUGAUUAAUUUGUCAUCACUUGUUUUGUGUGUUUUUGCUCUCGUAUUAGAAUCUUGGAUGAUAUCUGGUAAUUUUCUAAAUAUAUGAUAAAUGGUGCUAGUCUUUUGGGCUUGGCUCCUCUUAAUAAUAAAUCUCCCCUCUACACAUAUCAUUCGGUAUUUAAAUUGUAUGUUUUUUAAUAUUUGUAAUACUGUUUAUUGCAAGAUAUUGCUGGCAUAGGAGAUCUGGACUCUCUCUCAAUUGCCUGUGAUAGAAUUGUGUAGUUUGAACUGAAGGCCAGCAUAAGUAUUGAGGACAACUCUCAGGACAAAUUAUUGAAAGGCUGAAAAUAUAAACCUUACUCUCUAGCUGAAAUUCCUUGCUUUAAAUGGGUGGUUAAUGAGAUGGUGGGUUACUGUGUUCUCUUGGCUAGCUUAAUGACAAAUGUUUUUUUAAUAAGAGCUUAGCAUUAUACUUUUUUUUUUUAUUAAAGGUUAGGAAUGGAGUGUUGAGGUGCUUCCCACCAAUCUAUUUUGUUAAAAUUGGUUCUUAAUGUAUGCAAUUUGCCAAAAAUAAUCCAGGUAAACCCAGGAACAAAAUUAAAGUAACAGGUGUCUAUUGUCUAUAAUGUGUGUCUAUUGCAUCUAAUUCUCUUGCUCAGUAAGAUGGUUUUCUAGAAAAACUUACUUUCCUUCUUUUUUUUCACUGAAGCUCCAUUAAUUUUUGUACUUUUUCUAGUCAUUCCUGUUACAGCUGUUGCACAUGUUAUAUUCCUGUACCAGUACAGUUUGCUUCUUUCCACAAAGCUUUAGUAAUGCAUAUCUUUCAUUCUAGCAUCUUGAGCUGUUUACUACUUCAUAUUAGUUUAGAUGAUAUUGAUGUGGUUGUAUAACACGAGAGCUUGAACAAGGGUUCCUAUGCAAGACUACUGAACUACUUUUCUACUCAGUGCUCAAUGGCCAUCUCUACUUUUUCUGGCUUGUUCAUAUUUGCAACACGUGCAUUCUUAAAUUUUGUUGUUGACAUUAUCAGUUUUGCUUUAACAUUUUUGCAACCUGAGCUUAACGUAUAUUAUGGUUACAUUCAUUGCGUAACAUUUACUGCUAAUCACACAAUCUUGAUCUGCCAAUUCUCCAGUCUUGCCAAAAUGUGCAAAUGCCAUAAAUUCUUGUCAGUGCUGUAAUUCCCCUUAAUGUAUAAUUUUUUGUUCUUUUAAAAUUUAAAUUACACAAGUUUUUUUUCUUCUCCAGUGUGUUUUUAAUUUUAAUUAUCAGGUGAAAUCGCCAAGCCAUUACGACUUUAUAGCACUGAUGUGAUUGUGUGUGUGACCUAAACAUCCUUUCUUCCAUUCUUAUUACCUCUUCUUAAUGAUGAUAUCUGCUAAUUUUGUCUUAAUCAUUCCAUACAGGCUUGCAAAAUAUAAUCUCUUGGUACAUUUACCAUAUUGUAGUUAAAGUUAUUUCAUAUUAAUAUGUAUAGCAUAUUUAUUACUGUCAGUUUGGAUUUUCUAUAAUUAAAAAGUUUGUAUUAGUUAUACAAGAUAAUUUGUAAUUUACAACAAAUGUUUUUUUUUCUGUGGAACAGCAAGCAUAAAAUCAAAAGCCUAAGUACAUUUGAUAAUAAAGUGUAAAUAAUUUGAUUUAGUGCAUAAAUGUCCUGCAUUCAGGGAUAUUAGAGUUUUGCAUCAGGUUGUACAUGACAUGAAUAUUUUUUUAGAAUUUGAUUAAAACAUUUUGGUAUUGUAAAAUAAAUUAUGACAAAUAAUGCUCAGUGUAUCCCAAGCAGAAUUGAAUUGUGCUGCAAAUAUAAAAUAUAUACUGUAUAUAUACACAUGCACAUUUGUAAUACCUUUAACCAUAAGCAUGUUUAAGCUAAAACUUUGUUUAAAGUACUGUACUUCAAACUAACUCCACUUCAUGCAAGACAGGGUAUCUUUUGUUACUAACGUUUUAAUUUGUUUUAGUUUAACAACUAGUAACCUCGUCAAACUUAACUUUUAACCAUAGUUUGCCUAGCAGCUAAGCUGAAUAUAAAGCUUUUGUGAUAAAAAUAAAAAGGCUGGACUGCAUCACUGACAUGUUUUGAUAAUUACAAACAAGAAAAGCUCUCAUUUUGAAUUUUUGUAUAUAAAUUAUUUUAUAGUUGUAUAUAGUUUAAAUGGGAAUGGAUUUUGUUCAUCAUAUUGUAGUUACCAUCACCAUCUAGUCAUAAUAACUUCUCAGGCACACUAGGAUGGGUAGAAGAUGUUAAAUUUAAAAUAGACUGGGAUUGGGUAAGAUACCUAUGUUGUCCAGUCAUAAAUUGUAUCAUUGUUUUCAAAGGGGAAAUUUAUAACUUUUCCAUUUUGUUUAUGUAUUUUUUGACAACUGAGUAACAUGUCUUAUGUCGAAGGUUUUGUACAAAUUAGUAAGUAAACAGUGCAGUAAGAAAAAAAAUAGAUGAACCCUAUUUACCAUUCAUUAUGGCAAGGUUUGCAGGGUCAAAAUUGAUCUCUACAUUAUUUGAUCUUGAUCACUUAUUAUGAUAACAUGGAAGGAGAAAGUUAUUAAACUUUGUCCUACAGUUAAGAGACUGAUGACGUUUUGUCAAGAACGGUUAGUUUAUGAAAUGUUCAGUUCACUUGAAAUGCUCAUUUAAAUUAAAACUACUUUUCCAAAUAAUAACACUCUUACUCUAAAGCUAAAAUAAUUGACUAUUGGCCAUAAUUUAUUUGGUCUAAUGUUUCUUAUAAUAACUGUACGAGAUCAACCGGUGAGUAUUACUGUUGUUAUACUUGAACAGUUUGUCUUCUGUACAUUCCAUCCAGGACAAUAAGAUUUUGAAAGAAAUAGAACAAAGCAUGAAAUAACCACAAACAAUAUAACAUACAAAAUUUAAACAAAUUAGGAAUUUUGUUUCUGUGAUAAUUUCCCUCAAGGUGUAGAGUAUGCUACCAGAUAAAUAAUAAAAUGUAUAUUUUUUUAUGAAUGUAUUAACGUAUUUAUUUGCAAAAUCUUGUAUCCUUACUCUAACCAAAUGAUUGUACAAUGUGGUUCUGGGCAACUGUGAUCUCCAUAUUGGAACAUCCUACCAACAUGGUACGGAAGUCAAUAAAUAUUUGUGAUGUU